AUGGAGGAGCAUCUCCGACAGCAGAAAACUGAGUCUUCUCCGCAACAAAUUGAAAUGAUACUCCAAUCGGAGGAGGAUUCCAGUUUAGUAACACGCCUUAUAGCGGAACGGAUUCGCUAUGAGGAACAAAAACGGCAGCAGGAAAUAGAAUGCUCAACAUUAGCUGCCGUAAGUUUCAGGAUCCCCACUGAACUGAUCGAUUUAUUGCUUGGAGUGGAGGAUCAACGGGCGCUUCUAAUAGCGUUCCAAACUGAAACAGAAUUCAUGUUACCACGCCGAUUUCAGAGUUCCACGUUCACAAUCAACGGAUAUGAGCAUAAUAUCCGCAAAGCUUUGCGGAUGAUUGAGGAAAUUAUCAAUGAAGAGUGUUGCAAUUCACAUUCACCAACUUAUGCUUUUGUUCCUGAUCCAAAUGUGGACGAAAGUGGAACCGAUUUCAUCCUGUGCAAUGGACCAAUUCAUGAAGCAAGGUAUAGGCCUGGAAGAGAGGGAAUGCAUCGAGGUUGA